AUGGAGAAAAAUGAAGAGACAGGUAGCCCUGGUUGGAGUGCUUCAUUCUUCAUGCAGACAACUGAAGAUGUUGCUCGAGCUGUUGCUGCAGCUGCAACUACUGUUCGUUCUUCACGGCCAUCAGUUGUUUUUUCAUCGAAGGAUGACAGUGGUAGUCAACUUCAGAAACUUCAGAGCCAAUUUUCUAGAGUGCUGAAAGGCUUCUCAAGUCCUCCUGAAGUGAAAAGUGGAACUUACAAUCCAGAAAUCCUAACUAGCCAAAAACGUCAAUGGACAAGCUUUCAGUUGCAGUCCUUGGAUAAUAGAAUUUUCAGUAAACCAUCAAGGCUUCUUGAGAGUGUGGUAGUGGCUGGACUUCAUCCGAACUGUGAUCUUCAGACACUUCACAAGCAAUACUUUGGUAGAAAGUCUGAAGGUUCAGGUAGAUUUCGAAGUGCGCUUAGUGGUCAAUAUCAGUCACGUGUAGAACCGAAUAUUGAGCCACAGGUCUUAUUUGUUUACCCUCCUGAAAAGCAGCUGCCUCUUAAUUAUAAGGAUCUUCUUUCAUUCUGUUUUCCUGGAGGCAUAGAGACCCGGCGGCUUCAAUGGGCAGAGCGACUCACAGUCACAGGCAGUUAUGCAGCUGGGACUGUUUAUGCUGUAUAG